AUGCCACUGGCGUAUGCUGAUGCGCUGGGUACGCCCAAGAAGCGCGUCUCGUACUUCUACGACUCGGAGAUCGGCAACUUUAGCUACGGGCCUGGGCACUGCUGGAAGCCGCACCGCGUGCGCAUCACGCACAACCUGAUUGUCAACUACGGCCUCGCCAAGCACAUGCACGUCUUUCGGCCAGCGCUCGUUGGGGUCGAGGACCUCACGCGCUUCCACUCGGACGACUACAUUCAGUUUCUGCGCACAGUCACGCCCGACAACAUGCACGAGCACUACCGCCAGCUGCAGCGGUUUGCGUUCAACGACGGCGGCGACUGCCCCGUCUUUGAUGGCAUGUACGAGUUUUGCCAGAUCGCUGCGACAGGCUCGAUCGGCGGCGCCGCGCGCCUCAACGACAAGAGCGCCGACAUUGCCAUCAACUGGGGCGGCGGCAUGCACCACGCCAAGCGCUCGGAAGCGUCCGGCUUUUGCUUUGUCAAUGACUGCAACCUCGGGAUCCUCGAACUCCUCAAGGAGCACGCGCGGGUGCUGUACAUUGAUAUCGACGUACACCACGGCGACGGCGUCGAAGAGGCCUUCUACACGACCAACCGCGUCAUGACGGUCUCGUUCCACAAGUAUGGCGGCGUCUUCUUCCCGUGCACGGGCAACGUCAAGUCAACGUGCCGUGUCAUGACGGCAUGGACGACGAGAGCUUCAUCGGCCUCUUCCGCGAUGUACGUCCGCAUGGCCUGGAUGUUGUGA